AUAGUAGCAAGUGGCAUUCGUUAUUUAGUUGUUGUCGAAUCCAUUCAUCAACACAGUUGACUUCGAAACACUGUUUUGCCUUCCCAUCUCAUCUCCGCCGUUUGCAUUUCAGACAACUAUGGCCGAAUCAUUUAUCUUCAGCAUUGCAGAGUCACUCAUAGCAAAGCUUGCUUCUCGUACUUUUCAAGAAGCUUCUCGAUUGGUGGGUUUAUACGACGAUCUUCAAGACCUUACCAACACUCUCUCUUUAGUCAAGGAUGUGCUGUUAGAUGCUCAGCAAAAGCAGGAACACAACCAUGAGCUCCGUCGAUGGCUCUCUCAACUCAAAACUGUCUUCUCCGAUGCCGAAGAUGUUUUGGAUGAAUUUGAGUGCCAAACACUGCGAAAGAAAGUGGUCAAAGCUCAUGGUAGCACCAAAGACAAGGUAAGUCACUUCUUCUCAAGUUCUAAUCCACUUGUUUUUCGUUACAAAAUGGCUCAACAAAUUAAAGAUAUCAACAACAGACUAGACAAGGUUGCAGCUAAUAAGCAUAAGUUUAGUCUUCAAACGAGUGAUGUUGACACACGUGUUGUUCAUCGGAGAGAUAUGACACACUCUCGUGUGACUGAUUCAGAUGUGAUAGGAAGGAAACACGAUAAAGAAAAGAUCAUAGAGCUUUUGAUGCAGCAGAAUCCUGAUGAUGAUGAUGAUACAAGUCUCUCUGUUAUCCCCAUUGUGGGGAUUGGAGGCUUGGGAAAAACUACACUUGCAAAGUUUGUGUUCAAUGAUAAGAAGAUCCAGGAGUGCUUUCCAUUGAAGAUGUGGGUGUGUGUUUCUGAUGACUUUGACAUUAAACAACUGAUUAUCAAAAUCAUCAAUUCCGUGAAUGAUUCAGAAUCUGCUCAUGCUCCUAUUCACCAAAUGAAUUUGAACAUGUUAGAUCUGGAACAACUGCAAAAUCAACUGAAAAACAAACUUUCCGGUCAAAAGUUCUUACUCGUAUUGGACGACGUAUGGAACGAAGACCGUGUUAAAUGGUAUGAGUUGAGGAACUUAAUCCAAGUAACUGCAGGAAGUAAAAUCCUUGUGACUACACGAAGUCAUUCAAUUGCUUCCAUGAUGGGCACAAUUCCCUCUCAUAUUUUAGAAGGUCUUUCUGAGGAGGAUUCAAUAUCUGUGUUAGUCAAAUGGGCAUUUAAAGAAGGAGAAGAGCAAAAAUAUCCUCACUUAGUAAAUAUUGGGAGAGAAAUUGUGAAAAAAUGCGGAGGGGUUCCUUUGGCAGUGAGAACAUUAGGCAGUUUACUAUUCUCAAAAUUUGAGGCCAAUGAAUGGGAAUAUGUGAGUCAAAAUGAAAUCUGGAAUUUGCCUCAGAAAAAGGAUGACAUUUUACCUGCCCUUAAAUUGAGUUAUGAUCUCAUGCCCUCCUAUUUGAGGCAAUGUUUUGCAUUGUUUUCCCUUUACCCAAAAGAUUAUGAAUAUACUAGUUAUGAAAUAAUUUGGCUUUGGAGGGCACUUGGACUCAUCGCAUUACCAAAAACGGAUAGAACACGUGAGGAUGUAGCCAAUCAGUAUUUGCAUGAACUUCUGUCAAGAUCCUUUCUUCAAGAUUUUCAAAACUUCGGCACUGUGUAUAGAUUCAGAAUACAUGAUCUGGUGCAUGAUCUCGCCCUAUUUGUUGCUAUGGACGAGUGUCUACAUAUCAAUUCCAACAUUCAAAAUAUUCCUGAUAAUAUUCGGCAUCUGUCUUUUGCCGAAAGUGGUUUGUUUAGCAAUUUAGUCACCAAAAAAUCAGCAGCUGUGAGAACCGUCCUGUUUCCAAAUGAGGUAGCAGCUGCCAACGGUAAAGCUAUACUAAAGACGUGUCUGGAAAAGUUCAAAUGUUUACGUGUUUUGGAUUUAAGUGGUGCAACAUUUGAGACUUUGCCUCGUAGAAUUGGCAAGUUGAAACAUCUGAGAUAUCUGGACAUUAGCAAAAAUCCCAACAUUAAGAGACUCCCCGACUCUAUCUGCAAGCUCCAAAGUUUGCUAGUGUUGAGCCUUGAAGGAUGCGUGGAGCUGGAAGCAUUGCCCAAAGGAUUAAAAAAACUUAUCAGUCUCUAUUGUUUUGAGUUUUCCACAGAGCAAACUGUUUUGCCUAUGAAUGAAAUUGCCAACUUGGGGUCGCUUGAAGUCUUGAGUAUUGGAUCAUGCCAUAAUGUGGAAUCCAUAUUUGGAGGGAUGAAAUUCCCUACUCUUAAAACAUUGUUCGUUUAUGACUGUCAGAGUCUUAAGUCUCUGCUGCUGGAGGGUAAAAAUUUUCCUCAAUUGAAAACAUUGAUUAUUGAUGGAUGCAGUAAUUUGGAUUUGGAACUGUGGAAGGGAGAUCAUGAAGAACAAAGCCCCAAGCUGAAGUUAAAAUUUGUUCUAUUUUCAACUUUGUCACAACUGGUGACCUUACCUAAAUGGUUUCAGGAAGCUGCCAACUCCUUACAGUGUUUGCUUGUUUACGAUUGCCACAAUUUUGAAUCAUUUCCAGACUGGCUGCCAGUUCUGACUGAUUUGAAAACUCUUGAAAUAAGGAAUUGUCCAAAGUUGGUAUCGCUCCCGGAUAACAUCCAUCUCUUCAGCGCCCUUGAAAGUUUGAGGAUUGAAGGUUGUGCAGCUGACUUAUGUAGAAAGUAUGAGUCACAUGUUGGAGAGUUUUGGCCCAAAAUAUCACACAUCAGCAAUAUUUUCAUUGAUGAAGCAGAAGAUUUAGACGAAGAGUAAGACUUUGUAAGAAGUCCCUUGUUUUUUUAUUUAUUCUUUUAUUACUAAAGUGUUUUCCAUAAUGUUGAUUUCUUUUUAUGGUUUUCCAUUUUGUCUUUGUGAAAAUUAAUUGCAACUUUUAGUUAAGACAUUUCAAUUUAGAAGACCUACAUAAGGUGGUUGUGUAACA